AUGAGUUCUCAAAGCAGCCUCGCCAAUGCUUUCCCAGGCCCGAACACUGGAAGCGCAAGCACGACCUCCACCUCUACAGUUCGAUCGCGCCCUCGACGCUUAGUUUCGUUCAUGGACGACGAAGAUGACGACGUUUCGAAUUACUCUUACCAGAGUGACGCCCAGCCUUUGUCCUCGGCCUUGUCAUCAACUCUCGCACCGUCGGAAACCGGGGCAACUCGAUCUCGGGGGCCAUCGCGUGGAGCAUCACCACUUCCGAUGACGCACCCCUCCCGCGCGACCGAACGCUCCAAUCGAGGCACCCGCAGUGAGACAUCGGCUUUCGCAUGGAAUGGAUCAUCGAUGCCCUCGUCGCGAGGUGCUGCAGACUUUUUAGACUCCUCAUGGUCUUCUCUUCAGAGCCUGGCUUCUUCGGUGCUGGGGAGUGACGCUGGACGAGCCACUCCCCCUAAUACGACGAAGACAAACCCGCGAAGAAAACCCUCUCGGUCUGACGUAUAUAUCAAGAGCGCUCCGAGAUCAACUUGGGGCCCGUCGGCACCAAAUGGCCCGGAAGUCGGAACGGGGACACCGGAGGAACGACAGGCUCUGGUCCAAGCGAAGAAGAGAGAAGCUCUCCUCCUUGCUGACAGCGAUCCAGUCGCAAAUCGCACCACACCACACAAGAGACGCGACUCUGGCGACACUUCACGACAUGCGGUUGACCCAGGGCAUGACGAGGAUGCACUGGCUUACAUCCACACCGUGCAACCGACAGAUACCAUCACCGGCGUGACGAUCAAAUAUGGCUGUCAGGCUGCGGUGUUUCGGAAGUCCAAUGGCUUCUGGCCCAAUGACAACAUUCAGAGCAGAAAUGUUGUUUUACUACCGGUUGACGCAUGUACUGUGAAAGGCCGGCCUAUACCUCAAGAACCCGUGGAUCUCUUGAGCCCGGAUACUGAAGACCCCAGCGAUAGCUCUAUCGCCCCCUCAGCUACCCCUGCUGCCGAUGCAGCCACAGGACAGGAUAAAACCGCGACUCCUGAAGAUCCCAAUCAAGUAUGGACACACGAGUCGUGGGUGCACAUGGAUGGCUUCCCAGGGCCAAUACAGAUCGGCCGAGUGCCUCGAAGGGCACUGGGCUUCUUCCCUCGCACGCGUCGAAAAUCUACAUCUUACUCGGAUGCCGAACCUCCUACUUCGUACCGAGAAACUGUCACACCUCCCUCUCCCUCAGGCUCACCCCCUCCGCCUUCGUCACUCGGCGCUCUACCACGCAUUCGCCCCAAUGGUGACCAAUCUAAGCCGAAAACCUCCAACCCCACCCGUCCAGGGCACCGCCGACAGCGCAGCAGUAUUCACCUGGCCGGGACCGGCGUGGGAACUUUGGAUCCUACUUCAACGGGCCCCGGGCCUGCUUUGGAUGGCUUCACCCGUUUCUUCGCACAGCACAUGCCGAACCUGGCCCCAGCACCACCACCAGACAACCUACGCAAGGCCUCUUUUGAGUCCGCAUCUACUGUCACAUCUAAUGCCUCGACGGGGCUUGAGAACAUCGGCGGUGCUUUCGAGGGCUGGGUUCGCAAAGUAGCGACCCGGGCCAAGGCUGGCAUUAACGAGUUACAGCAACCUCCGAGCCAGCAAAGCAACAGCCGCGGACGUAACCUGUGGCGGAUGGAUGACCUAAUUGAACUCGAUGACAGCCUGGUGGAUGGCCGAAAUUCCCCGAGUCCCUUCAAGAGUAGUCCACAGAGACCUCAGCAAGGCUCUUCUUCAUCUUCCGCCCGAUACAACAGUCCUUCGGCGGUGGCAGCGAGCAGGUCUCGUGCAGCUGGUUUUGGUUCGAGCUCAAGCGCAUACGGUGACCGGGCCAAGGACGAUUAA